AGAAAGAAAAAACUCAAAAAUUAGAGGCUACAAAAAUUGAUUUUAGCUCUAACAACCUAUAUAGAAAUGAUAUGAAAGAAGAAAAGACUCAAAAACCAGAAAAUAUAGAAAAUAACUUCAGCCCAGAUAAUCUAUACAAGAAUGAUAUAGAAGAA